GAGCUGUUCAAGACGUUGGUGCCCGCCCACUGCCUCGGCUCCAUCUGGUCUGAGUGCGACAACAGGGAACGCGAGUCCCUGGCACCCACCGUCCAUGACACUGUGAUGCACGACAACACCGUGGCCAAUUGCAUCCUCGUCACCUGCCUUGGGGACGCGAGCAUGACAGCACAGGACAGGGCCAGGGUGGUUGAGCUGUGGAUCAGGGUGGCUGAGGAGUGCCGAGGCCUCGGGAACUUCUGUUCCCUCCACACAAUCCUUUCUGCCCUGCAGAGCCCUGCCAUUGCCUGUCUCCAAGACACCUGGGGACAAGUUUCCAGGGAGAGUUCUCGAACCUGGAAGAAGUGGGUCAGGAGAGAGAAACGCAUGAGCAGGGAGCUGCUAGUGCAGGAGGCGACCUCCGUGUUAAAGACUGCAGAGAGGGCACGCCAGGGAGCCCAGGAGAGGCAGCGGCAGCAGGAGAGGGGUGUCGUCCCCUCCCUGGUGACGUUCUUCCGUUCCCUGGAGCUGCUGGACGGUACGAUGGAGGAUUAUGUGGAG